GUUCUAAAGGGGAAGUUGCGAGAGAGAAAAGAAAGGAGGAGACUUGAUCGGGGUUGGUAAAAUUCUCACUAACCGACCCCAAUAAUAAAGAAAACCUCUCAAAAAUUUGAGCACCCCAUCGUCGGAAAUCAGUUCACGCAACCUGUCGGCUGACAUUCAGCCUGUACUGAGACAGCUCUCAGUGUGUGUGUGACCGCUUAAAGGAGACGGGGUGAUUGACGACUGUCAUGGCCAAUAGGGGAGGAGCAACACGCCCCAACGGGUCCAACGCGGGCAAUAAGAUCUGCCAGUUUAAACUGGUCUUGCUAGGAGAAUCGGCUGUGGGAAAGUCCAGCCUCGUACUGCGCUUCGUCAAAGGGCAGUUUCAUGAGUUUCAGGAAAGCACAAUAGGAGCGGCCUUCCUUACACAGACGGUGUGCUUGGAUGACACAACGGUAAAGUUUGAGAUUUGGGACACAGCCGGACAGGAGCGCUACCACAGUUUGGCCCCCAUGUACUAUAGAGGUGCCCAGGCUGCCAUUGUAGUUUAUGACAUCACCAAUGAGGAGUCGUUUGCAAGAGCAAAGAACUGGGUUAAGGAGCUUCAGAGGCAGGCCAGUCCAAAUAUCGUCAUCGCACUGUCUGGGAACAAAGCUGACCUUGCCAACAAGAGAGCAGUGGACUUCCAGGAUGCUCAGUCUUAUGCAGACGACAACAGUUUGUUGUUCAUGGAGACGUCAGCAAAGACUUCCAUGAAUGUCAAUGAGAUCUUCAUGGCCAUUGCGAAAAGGUUGCCUAAGAAUGAGCCCCAAGCCGCCGGAGCCAACAGUGGGCGGAGUAGGGGCGUGGACCUCACAGAGACAGCCCAACCCACUAAGGCCCCCUGCUGCAGCAACUAAUGCAAAAAAAAUCCCCCUUCACCAAACUCUGUUACCGCGACAACUAACGCAAGGUCCCGCCACCCAACUUGGUUUUUGACUAACUAAUGAAAUGCGUCCGCUUCCCCCAUUUUCCACAACUCUCUUACGCUGUUACAAAAGCUCUGCCCCGGCCAUGUAGCUGCUGUGAUUUUGUUUUGUUGUUUUUCUGUAAAGACCCAUGCCUCUUACUGUAUUCAUGCUUAAGCUCAUGCCAUGUCUCCAAACUGUAAUAUAUGCCAUCACAGAUAUCCAUAAAAAAAAAAAAAAAUUAUAAUAAUAACAAUUAUCUGAAUGCCAUUUGCCUGACCUGGACGAAAGGGGCGGGGGCUCUGCAAAGUUUCACCUGCCCUGUCAUAAUUCAGAAUGCUUCUUUUUCUCAAAUCUGUUUUCAUCUUUUUUAUGAUUUAGUUUAAUAGAAAUGUACUUUUCAGAAUAAUGGAUGCAUAUAUCACUACAAAGCCUGAAAAUGGUUAAUCAAAGUUUUAACCAUAUCCAAUGGCAUACAUGGUGAGAGAGGACGUGACAAGUUGCCCAGGCCCCUUUGCUCCACCCCGUCUCGUUUCCCUGCUCUUUCCCUCUCGCUCUGAUUCUGGAUGUCCCAGCGGCUCUGUUCAGUGGCAGACUGCCCACUUCCUGAGGCUGCGCUGGCAACAAAAAGCCCACCUCCUUCUUAACCACACACACAUAGCCAAGAUCCCGCCCCCUUGUUAUUCUCUCACCAUCUAGCAAGCCUUCACAUUUUUUGUCAGCUUUAUUGGUCCUAUAACUAAGUGAAUAUGUGGCUGCGCUUUUAUUCAGCAAAAAAAACGGUCUACGUAAGAUAAGUAGCUUCCCUUUCACAAACAUGCACCAGUCACGCUCGCACUCUUCUGGUUCUAACUCACCCAGGUGUUUCUUACUCCAUGCCUUGCACUAAUUUUUGGUCUUGAUAUUAUCUCUUGCAAAUACAGCCAGAGUGAUAUAAAUAUAUAUAAAUAAUUUACUGUAAAUAGGGUGUUGCAAUGUAUUCGUCUUUUCCAUUUACUGUUGCAGGACUAAUGCUUGAUAGGGAGUUAGAUAAUCAUAAAAAAAAAAAAAAACAAUUGUACAGUAACCAAGAAUUGCUUUGAUAGGGGUUGGAGUUAUGUUUCUUUUUCACAAAUGGUUAAAUUAUAAUCAGUGGUGGUCUUAUAAAAUGUAUGUAGUGUUAUUAACAAACAAAAAAAGAGCUUUUCUUUAGUGGUCUGUUUUGUAAUUUUCAUGAGAAAGCAAAAACCUUCACAAAUGUUUUUGUCACUAAACAGUGUCCACAUCAACAGAUUAUGAUAGUUCUUCCUCUGCUUUUCGUCCCAGUAUCGGACAACACAUACACUUUUAACAUUCUCUCGAUUUUCAACAUUUCAGGAUACUGGUACCACAUAAAUUCGCUGCUACAUUCAAUUUCUGUCUUUUUUUUUUUUUUUUUUGUGUGCCCCCUUUGAGACUAAAAAUGCAGUUACCUAAAUAUUACUGUUAAUGUAUCAAAUUUCUUAUAAAUGGUAUUGAUAAUAUUGUGUGUUCAGAGGGCCAAAUUAACUUCUAGUCUUCUCUCUGUGCGGAAUUUCCUUCACAGUACAGAUUCUUGUGUAAUAGCAUUUGUUUGUGAUAAUGACCCAUGAUAAGUAAAUUGUACCUUGAGUCACAACAUCUUAUUUGUUUGCUCAUAAAAAAAUGAUUGCUGAUUUUA